AUGAAUACUGAUAAUAGCAGUGACGACUUGGAGCUCGUGAAGAUUGUGCAUCAGAGGAUUGCAGCAGCCGCAUCUGAAGAGCACAUCAGCAAUUCUCGAGAAAGAGAACGCCAUCUUGGAGGAAAUCGACAACGACAACAUCCGAGGGAGAAUCUGACUGCACUGGGCCCACAUACCGGUAUUAGUGAUGCAAAGAGUAGUCAUGAGAAUGAUGGCAAAUUUGACUUGAUGGAAAUUGUAGCCCAAAGAGCCGCUGAUGCCAGGACGGCCAUUGAUUCUGAACAGGCUCAAGAGCAAGGUUUCCCAAAGUCCAGCAAUCAGGCUCUGGGGGCACAAGAGCACGACAAUAUUCCAAGCUCCAGUAUUGGUAUGACAUCUUUGAGGCGAAUGCGAAAUGUCAUUGCAGAGUUUGUACAGCCAGGGGCUUAUCCGGUUGAUGGGACCGCCGCUCCUCUUCAAGAAGAAGAUGGAUCUUCGGGAUCGGACAAUGAAGGCGAAAAAUGGGAGGAAGAAAAUAUUCAAGCUGUUGCAUAUCCCAUCGACCAUCAGGGAACGGAAGAAUUGCUCCCUAGUGGGGUCCCCUUCAUAGCGAGAAACAGAACUGCUUGGAAGAGAAAACUUUUGUGUUAUGUUUCACUUCAAAUGUUUGUGGGCAUGCUCAUUGUGACCACUUUCCUUGUGGUUUUUGUUGUGCGAGCUGCUUAUACCAACUACAUACAAUGUGAUGAUUCUGGGCAUAUGAAAGGUUUGUCCUUUAUUGGAAACAAGCUAGAUGGAACCAUUCCACCAGAGCUUUCCCUUUUGAGUUCAGAUUUGGAGAUUCUGUAA